AUGACCGACGAGAAAAAAGCCAUUCUUAUACAGGAGAUCGCUUUGCGUCCUUUAAUAUGGAAGAUCAGUCAUCCGAAUUAUGAUGAUGUUGAAAAGCGUUGGCUUGCUUUCGAAGAAAUUGCACGCUUAUUGUCUGAUGAGCAAGUGAUAUUUACAAGCGAUAUGGUUAAAUUGACUUGGAAGAAUUUGAUGGAUUAUUAUAAUGAAUUACAAAAAAGAUAUAAUCGGAUAGUCGCAGCUGGAAUGGAUCCUCCAGAAUUUAAAUGGCAGUUUUUUCAUAUGUUGCAUUUUGCAAGACAAGAUAAAGCAUUUGUGAAGAGAAAAUAUAAUUAUAUGCAGCCAUCAAAGGUAACGCUUGAGAAUGCAAGCGCAUCUUUCAAUCAGUCGUGUGACUAUUCGCCAAAUUUUCAACAAAGUUCUCUAAUAAAUGUUAAAACUGCCAAUGGCAGCAAGCAUAUAGUCAUCUUACCUAUGAAACAGUCAGAAUGCACAAUUCCACAAUUCGAGCGGUUUAGCGGGAUAACUGCGCAUCACGAUGUAUCGAAUGGAUUUACAGGAAAAAGUACAAAACAGACCAAUGAUGAGCAAAUUGUUGGAAAUUCGUUUCCAGCUCAUUAUGCUAAAAUAGAUCAGAAACCUGUUGCUGCUCUUGAUUCAAUAUCCAGCUUUGCCAGGUAUAUUGCUGCUAGGCUCUAUCUAGUAAAGGACAAAUGUCCUUCGAAAUAUUUAUCACUAUGCUAUGCGAUCGAUGGGACAAUUAAGAAAGCGAUGAGAGAAAUAAAUAUCGUUCUGGACAGUUAA